AUGGCCAGUCACAACCGCUUGCGCGGAGCAUGCUCAUGCGGUCGCAACCAGUAUCGCAUCGAAAUCCCCAAUGACGCAAUCGAGGAUGCGCAGGUAUACUUUGACAGUAGUCGGGACAGUCGCCGAUUCCACGGCACGCCCCUGACUGCAUGGCUCCGCGUGCCUCUCGACUGGUACCAGUCCUAUACGAGAUCAUUCUUCCCAGACGAGACACACGCCUCGAUCCGGCGUACAUUCACACCGCACGACGAACCCGCGUCCCAGCGCAUCUUCUGCGGAUUCUGCGGCACGCCCUUGACACUCUGGACUGAGGAGCCAGCAGAGGAAGGCGAUUUUAUGUCUGUGGCUAUUGGUAGUUUGUUUGGUGAGGAUCAGCACGUGCUCGAAGAUCUUGAUCUUCUGCCGGAGGACCUGGAGGAAGAGGCAGGAAGUGCUGCCGCAGGUUCUCCAUCUGCUCUUGCGCCGCCUUCGCAAGCCACUUCUUCUUCCUCUGCGGUUGUGCCAUCUUUUGGGCCUCCGCCGGGUCUUACAAGGAGCUACAGACACGGCACACUGGGUGGGAUCCCUUGGUUUGAGGAGAUGGUGGAGGGGAGCCGGCUAGGUCGGCACAUGCGCCAGCAGCGCGGGAUGGGAGUUAGUGGCGAUCAGUCGACUUCAUUUGAGUGGGAGAUCAGCGAGUGGCAUGAUGAUGGCACGGGUGCACUUGUGCAGGAGGAUUCGAAUGGACAUGCCACAGGAAAGAGGAAGAGAGGACGGCGUUCAGAUGCUAAAGGCGGAUCUUCACAGAAGCGAGCCGAGUCGUAA